AUGGCCAACAGUAAUAUCUCAACAACUCCGAAAGUUGAACAUGCAGGGGACGACAACUCUCUGAGCCCCACCUCAUCGUCAUCGCAUAACUCGUCCUCUGCAGACAGUGAGUUUGCACAGGACCCCCAGUCCCUUCCCGAUGCUGUGGGCGAUGUUGAAAACCAAGCCAAGAGGGUCAAGACUUUGGAUGAAGAAUUAGAUCACGUUGAGGCAAGCGAUGCUGUCUCAAGAGAACUCUCCAGAGUCUUGACUGCUGCGUACACAACAGAAGAGGAGAACGAACAUGCAAAGACCCCAAUGCCACCAAUGGGUCUCAACAAGGAGAUUCCAACGGACUUCCCAGACCCCGAACCUUAUACCGUUUCUUUCAACGGGCCGGAUGAUCCAUUGCACCCACACAACUGGAAUAUGAAGAGAAAGGUUUGGAUAUGUGCAAUUAUUGGUGCCAUGACCGCCGCGGUGGCCAUGGGCUCCUCUAUGUACUCACCAGGUAUCUUGGAGGUUUCUGAGGAAUUCCACAUUGGUCACGUCACAGCUACUUUGGGUAUAUCGUUAUACGUCUUGGGGUUUGCAACUGGUCCGGUUGUUUGGGCUCCAUUAUCAGAAUUGUACGGUAGAAGACCAGUUUUGUUGAUCUCUGGACUUGGGUUCGUCUGUUUCACAUUUGCAGUUGCAACUGCUAAAGAUAUCCAGACUGUGAUGCUUUGUAGAGCGUUUGCAGGUAUUAUAGGUGCUGCGCCAUUGGUGGUUGUACCCGCUGCCUUUGCAGACCUUUUCGGAAACAGAACUCGUGGUAAGGCCAUUGCAAUCUUCUCCAUGAUGGUGUUUUGUAUGCCAUUGCUUGCACCUGUCAUCGGUGCCUUUGUCGUUUCAUCUUACUUGGGAUGGAGAUGGACCCAAUAUCUUAUUGGAAUCUUUGGCUCAUUCUCACUUGCACUAGUUGCAGUCUUCUUUGAAGAAACUCACCAUCCAAUCAUUCUAGUCAACAAGGCUAAGGAGAUUAAAAAACGUACUGGUAACUGGUUGAUUCAUGCACCACAUGACGAAUUCGAACUCACAGUCAAGGACAUUGUUGAAAAGAACAUCACCCGUCCAUUGAUCAUGGUUGCCACGGAACCAAUUCUGUUCCUUAUCUCAUUUUACAACGCUUUCAUUUAUGGUAUUCUUUAUCUCCUACUUUCUGCUUACCCUAUCGUCUUUGCCGAGGGUUAUCGUAUGACAGGUGGUACCAGUGAAUUGCCAUAUUUGGGUCUUGUCGUUGGUAUGAUGUUUGGUGGUGCUGUUUGUCUGUGGGCUGAAGGUGCCUAUUUGAAAGCCAUGGACAGUAACGGUGGUAAGAUCGUUCCUGAGGCUCGUCUGAUUUCGGUGUUCUAUGGUUCGGUUUUGUUUCCAGUGGGUCUUUUCUGGUUUACAUGGACAGGUAACUAUCCAGAUAAAGUCCAUUGGAUGGCUCCGACCGCUGCUGGUGUCUUUAUCGGAUUUGGAUUGAUUACCAUCUUCAACGGUUCUAUCAACUACAUCAUUGAUUCAUACCUGGUGUUUGCAGCUUCGGCUCUUGCAGGUAACACCUUCUUCAGAUCCGGGUUUGCAUGUGCGUUCCCAUUGUUUGCGGUGCAGAUGUUCCAUGCCAUGGGUACUAACUGGGCAGGUUUGCUUCUUUCAUGUGUGGGUUUUGCUCUUGUGCCGGUUCCAUUCUUGUUCUAUAAGUAUGGAAAGCGUCUUAGAGCAAAGUCAAAGUACGCCUUUGUUCUAUGA